UGCACAUGCAACGACUCGACUAAUGUAUCCAUCCAUCCACCCAAAGGGCGCAGACACGCAAUGCGCCUAGACAUGCACAAACACACUGUCGGAUUGCCAUUUCCAGUUAAUCCAUGAAGACAGCACGACUAGUCAAGUUAUCCAAGAAGUGGCUCCGCAGUCCUGCCACAAUUUCCAACAUCGCCAUCCUCACGUGCGCUGUGGCUGGCGCCGGUGCGACCUUUAAACGAUACGCUGUGUUCGAAGACGUCGAAAGCGAUAAAUCCAUGGACGAGUCGACCCCACACCAGCAUGCCGCCCAUCACGAAUUGGAGCAAUUUGACGUGUUCAUGAUGAUGAUGAUGCGAUGAACGCCGCCGCCGUGUUACAUGUAUUUACGUAAAAGAGUUGUGAAUUUAUUUAGCAGUUGUGUCGCUACGUACUGUACAUUCCCCGAUGGUUUGGACGAAUUCCAGUGUAUGUAGCAGCCACGAGUGCUCGUGACAUGCAAUCCGAGCCCAAGUCUAACGAGGUCGAGACAGCAGCGGCUAUGAUGACCCACUGUCCUCCUUCGAACAGCUAGAAUAAGUAAGCUUAAUCAACCGCUCCUAUGUAGGACAUCUGAAGGUCGAAC